GGCAGCCGCUGCUGACAACAAGAUGGCGGCUGCGGGGCCGGCGGUCCCCGAGAGCCGAGUGCUGGGCUACACCUUGCACCGCUGGAGCAGCUUCUCCUCUACCUACCUGCCCGAGAAUAUCUUGGUGGAUAAACCAAAUGAUCAGUCCUCAAGAUGGUCUUCAGAAAGCAAUUAUCCUCCUCAGUAUUUGAUUCUGAAACUUGAAAGACCUGCCAUAGUCCAGAGUAUCACGUUUGGGAAAUACGAGAAAACUCACGUCUGCAAUUUAAAGAAGUUUAAAGUCUUUGGUGGAAUGAAUGAGGAAAACAUGACAGAUCUGUUAUCCAGUGGCUUAAAGAAUGAUUAUAACAAAGAAACAUUCACCUUGAAGCAUAAAAUUGAUGAACAGAUGUUCCCCUGUCGAUUCAUUAAGAUAGUUCCACUCUUAUCCUGGGGACCUAGCUUCAAUUUUAGUAUCUGGUAUGUUGAACUUAAUGGCAUUGAUGAACCAGAUGUGGUCCAGCCAUGCCUCAACUGGUACAGCAAGUACCGUGAACAGGAAGCCAUUCGCCUUUGCCUAAAGCAUUUUCGGCAGCACAACUACACCGAAGCUUUUGAGUCACUGCAGAAGAAAACCAAGAUUGCUCUGGAGCACCCUAUGUUGACAGACCUGCAUGACAAACUGGUGUUGAAAGGAGACUUCGAUGCUUGUGAAGAGCUGAUAGAAAAAGCUGUGAAUGAUGGCUUAUUCAAUCAGUAUAUCAGUCAACAAGAAUACAAACCUCGCUGGGGGCAGAUCAUCCCCAAGAGCACCAAAGGUGAUGGAGAAGACAGCCGACCAGGAAUGAGAGGUGGCCACCAGAUGGUCAUAGAUGUUCAGACAGAAACUGUUUACCUGUUUGGUGGCUGGGAUGGAACUCAGGAUCUGGCUGACUUCUGGGCAUACAGUGUGAAGGAAAACCAGUGGACCUGUAUAUCCAGGGAUACUGAGAAAGAGAGUGGUCCCAGCGCCAGGUCUUGUCACAAGAUGUGCAUCGACAUUCAGCGGAGGCAGAUCUACACCCUGGGACGCUAUCUGGAUUCCUCCGUGAGGAACAGCAAGUCUCUGAAAAGCGACUUCUACCGCUACGACAUUGACACCAACACGUGGAUGCUCCUGAGCGAAGACACCGCCGCAGAUGGAGGUCCAAAGCUGGUGUUUGAUCAUCAGAUGUGUAUGGAUUCUGAAAAACACAUGAUCUACACCUUUGGGGGCAGAAUUCUGACCUGCAACGGCAGCGUUGACGACAGCAGAGCCAGCGAACCACAGUUCAGUGGAUUGUUUGCUUUUGACUGCCAGUGUCAGACAUGGAAACUUUUGAGAGAGGAUUCCUGCAAUGCUGGGCCUGAGGAUAUCCAGUCCCGAAUAGGACACUGUAUGUUGUUCCACUCUAAAAACCGCUGCCUCUAUGUAUUUGGUGGGCAGAGAUCGAAGACUUACUUGAACGACUUCUUCAGUUACGAUGUCGACAGCGAUCACGUCGAUAUCAUUUCAGAUGGCACUAAGAAAGAUUCAGGGAUGGUUCCAAUGACAGGUUUCACUCAAAGGGCUACCAUUGAUCCAGAACUGAAUGAAAUCCAUGUCUUGUCAGGACUCAGUAAAGACAAGGAGAAGCGGGAAGAGAAUGUCAGGAAUUCCUUCUGGAUUUAUGACAUUGUGAGGAACAGCUGGUCUUGUGUCUACAAGAAUGACCAAGCAGCAAAAGAGAAUCCAGGUAAAAGUCUUCAAGAAGAGGAACCCUGCCCAAGGUUUGCUCAUCAGCUGGUGUACGACGAGCUGCACAAGGUUCAUUACUUAUUUGGAGGGAAUCCUGGGAAGUCCUGCUCUCCAAAGAUGAGAUUAGAUGAUUUCUGGUCUCUGAAACUCUGUCGACCUUCAAAGGAAUACCUGCUAAGGCACUGCAAAUACCUCAUAAGGAAGCACAGGUUUGAAGAAAAAGCUCAGACUGACCCUCUUAGUGCACUGAAGUACCUGCAGAAUGAUUUGUAUGUAACUGUGGAUCACUCAGACCCCGAGGAGACAAAGGAGUUUCAGCUUCUUGCCUCAGCAUUAUUUAAGUCUGGCUCGGAUUUCACCACUCUUGGAUUUUCAGACGUUGACCACACGUAUGCACAGAGAACUCAGCUGUUUGACACACUGGUCAACUUCUUCCCAGACAACAUGACCCCUCCUAAAGGCAACCUGGUAGACCUCAUCACCCUGUAAAACGGAGCAAUCACUGGACACGUGGAAGAGGAGGGGAAAAGCAUCCAUUUUCAGUAUUUUAGGUUUUUUUUUACUGCAUUGAUUGACUGCUGGGAUGAAGUAACAUAGUCAUCCCUCAGUGUUUGGAAGGGGUUUUAUACUUGUAUGGUGAAUCCCUGAAGCUUUUCCCUUGGAGUAGGUUAAUAAAAUCUAACUGACGUACUUCCAACUAAAUAUAUAUAUAUAUAUAUUUUUUCUGACUUCGGAUUUUGAGUUAGCAAAAUGUAAGAUGAAAAGGUGGGGGGAAAGAAGGAAAAGAAAAUAAAACCCAAUCAUGCAGCAA